UGUUAAACCCAUUUUUGGCGGGAAGCAUAAAUUGCAAAUGUUUGUUGUCGGAUUUGCGAUGAAGAGAUAGGAUUAGGCAUGGGAUCCACGAUCCCAUUAUUCGGCUCUUACCGUUGCAACUGCCGAAUUCUAGCGAAUUAUACAUCGCCUUUGAUUUUCUUCUUUCACUGUUUUCUGACAUCUUAUCCGCGCCCCAUCUCUCUGUCACCUUCGCAAUUUUGUUAUUUCUUCGAGAUUUAUUGAUGUAAUCAGUAACAUUUCUCUCGAAGAAUCGGAGUUCAUAAUCGUAUCCGAUCGAUCGACUCGAGAAUUGCCUGAAACUAUGAUUGGUGUUCGGAAUCCAGUGGUUUUGUGCUGUGCGUUGAAUCUGUUUGCGUUUUUGUCUGUAUGUUCUUCGGACGUUUCAAUCUCCGUUUCUCCGAAGACUUUGUUGAGAUCUCGUGAUCCGGUGGCGAUAUGGUGGUCCGGCGUGAGUUCUCCGUCGAAGCUCGAUUGGGUUGGGAUUUACUCUCCGGCCAAUUCCUCGCAUGACGAUUUCAUCGGCUACGUCUUCCUAUCGUCCUCGCCCGGGUGGGAAAACGGGUCGGGUUUCAUCUCCAUCCCUCUGAUCAAUCUCCGGUCGAGUUACCGGUUCCGGAUCUUCCGAUGGAACGAAUCGGAGGUCGACGUGACUCGGGUGGACAAGGAUCAUAAUCCGUUGCCGGGAACGGAGCAUUUGCUGGUUGAGUCGGAAGAGAUUGAGUUCAAACCGGGUCGGGGCCCGGAGCAGGUGCACUUGGCAUUGACGGGUAGGGCUGGUGAGAUGCGGGUCAUGUUUGUGACUAGCCACGGAGAAGAGAGUUUCGUGAGAUAUGGGUUGGCCCGGACCCGGAAGGGUUUGGAUCAGGUGGCGGGUACUCGGGUCGAGCGGUACGAGAAAGAGCAUAUGUGUGGCGCUCCAGCUAAUCAAAGUGUUGGUUGGAGAGAUCCGGGUUACAUACAUGAUGGCGUUAUGAUCAAUUUGGAAAAUAAACAGAGAUAUUUUUAUCAGGUUGGAAGUAAUCAGGAGGGAUGGAGCAAUAUUUACAGCUUCGUCUCCCCAGACAGCAACUCAAAUGAAACAAUUGCCUUCUUGUUGGGGGACAUGGGGACUUUCACACCUUACACCACCUUCCAAAGAACCCAAGCUGAGAGCAAAUCAACCAUCAAGUGGAUCAGCCGCGACCUCCGGGCCAUCGGCGACAGGCCGGCAAUAAUCUCUCACGUCGGAGACAUCAGUUACGCCCGAGGCUACGCCUGGCUAUGGGAUACCUUCUUCACCCAGAUCGAACCCAUCGCCUCCGCCGCUCCCUACCACGUCUGCGUCGGCAACCACGAGUACGACUGGCCAUCGCAGCCCUGGAGACCGGACUGGGCCGCCAAUAUAUACAAACAAGACGGCGGCGGCGAGUGCGGGGUGCCCUUUAGUCUCAGGUUCAACAUGCCCGGAAACUCUUCGGAGCCCACCGGCACCGCCGCGCCGGCGACACGAAACCUAUACUACUCGUUCGACAUGGGGCCGGUCCACUUCGUGUACAUGUCAACGGAGACAAAUUUCCUUCCGGGGAGUAACCAAUACCAGUUCUUGGAGCAAGAUCUGGAGCAGGUGGAUCGAGGAAAGACCCCUUACGUGGUAUUCCAAGGCCACAGGCCAAUGUACACAACCAGCAGCGGCCACAAAGACGGCGCCUUAAGGCAAAAACUCGUCGAGCACAUAGAGCCAUUGUUGCUAAAAAACAAAGUGAGCUUAGCGCUCUGGGGACACGUCCACCGAUACGAAAGGUUUUGCCCUUUGAACAACUUCACCUGCGGGAGCCUGGAGAAGAACGGGAAAUUUUGGGAGGCGUUUCCGGUGCAUAUUGUGAUUGGGAUGGGCGGGCAGGACUGGCAGCCGACCUGGGAGCCACGGCCGGAGCAUCCGACCGACCCCGUUUUUCCGCAGCCGGUGAGGUCGGAGUUCCGGGCAGGGCAGUUUGGGUACGCGAGAAUUGUGGCUAACAUGGAAAAGUUGAGGUUUUCUUAUGUGGGGAAUCAUGAUGGGAAGGUGCAUGAUUCGGUGGAGAUCAUGGCUCCUGAUCCCAGCGUGUUUGACUCUACUUCUCACUCGCUCUAUCAUGAUUUGUAACCACGAAAGACUGCACCACCUUUUUUUUGAGAAUUUCAGGUUUCUAAUUAGCUUGUUGUCCAAUAACAAAAUUGUAUUUGUAUUAAUUUUAAAUCCAAUUUGUUAUCAAAUUUCAUUUGCAUUA